AUGGCCCGUCGGGUCGCCGCCGUCCUCCUGCUCCUCGCCCUUGGCUGCCUCCUGGGCAUCCUUCUUCUCGGCUUCGGUUCCGGGGACACGCGAGGUCCGCCGGGCUUCAAGUAUGGCAUCGUGCUGGACGCCGGCUCCUCCCACACUGCCAUGUUCGUCUACAAGUGGCCUGCAGACAAGGAGAACGACACCGGCGUGGUCAGCGAGCACAGCAUGUGUGACGUGCAGGGUCCCGGAAUCUCCAGCUACAGCUCCAACCCUCCAGCUGCCGGGACGAGCUUGGUGCACUGCCUGACCCAGGCUCUGCAGGACGUGCCCAAGGAGAAGCACGCGGGAACCCCGCUCUACCUGGGUGCCACAGCUGGCAUGCGCCUGCUCAACAUCGCGAACCCGCAGGCUUCGGAUGCCGUUCUCAGCGCUGUGGCAGCCACGCUGAAGUCCUACCCCUUCGAUUUCCGGGGGGCAAAGAUCCUGUCAGGGGAAGAGGAAGGGGUCUUCGGCUGGGUCACUGCAAACUACCUCCUGGAGAACUUCAUCAAGCGUGGGUGGCUUGGGGAAUGGAUCCAGCCCCAGAAGAAGACCCUGGGAGCCAUGGACUUUGGAGGUGCUUCCACACAGAUCACCUUUGAAACCAGGGACAUCAUCGAAGACCCCAGAAACGAGGUGAUGCUGAAGCUGUAUGGCCAGGAAUACAAAGUGUACACCCACAGCUUCCUCUGCUAUGGAAGGGACCAGGUCCUCAAGAGGCUGCUCUCAAAGCUCUUCCAGGCUGAGAGCUACCAAGCAACCAUCUCCCAUCCCUGCUGGCCCACAGGCUACCAGAAGAGCCUGUGGCUGAGCAGUGUCUAUGACAGCCCCUGCACAGAGAAGGAGAGGCCAAGCCUUGCCCUCAACACCACUGUCAAUGUGGCUGGCACUGGGAACAGCAGCCUUUGUGCUCUGCACCUCAGCAAGCUCUUUAACUUCACCAUCUGUUCCUUCUCUCGCUGCUCCUUUGGUGACACUUUCCAGCCAGAGGUUUCAGGCAAAUUCAUUGCCUUCUCUGCCUUCUUCUACACGGUGGACUUCAUUCAGACAGUGAUGGGGAAACCUGUGCGCAUGCCUAGUGACCUGAAGGAUGCUGCUGAGACCAUCUGUGCCACCAGCUGGAGUGAGCUGCUCCAGAAAGCUCCCAACCUGGAGAAGAGGCUGCCAGAUUACUGCGCUGUCAGCACCUUCAUUUAUUUGCUCACCACAAAGGGCUACAACUUCAACAACCAUUCCUUCCCCAACAUUGCCUUCCAGAAGAAGGCAGGAGAAACCUCCAUCGGCUGGGCCCUGGGCUACAUGCUGAACCUCACCAACAUGAUCCCAGCAGAGAAGCCCUCCUCCCACAAAAGCAUGCUGUACAACUACUGGGUCCUUCUCAUCCUGCUCUUCGUGGUCAGCACGCUGACAUCUCUGAUGACUGCCGUCUGCCUGCUCCGGCGCAGCAAGUCCCUCACGAUCUGA